UGAUCAAUCCUCCAUUUUCCAACACACAGCUCCUCCGGCAGCGAGAGCGACGAGAGAGCCAGCCCUCUACCUGGAGAGGAAGCCGGGGACCGGGGCAGUCAUGGCAGCCAACAUGUACCGGGUCGGAGAUUACGUUUAUUUCGAGAACUCGUCCAGUAACCCACUGCUCAUCAGGAGGAUAGAGGAGUUGAACAAGACAGCCAAUGGGAAUGUGGAGGCCAAAGUGGUGUGUUUUUACCGGCGCAGGGACAUCUCCAGCACACUCAUCGCUCUGGCAGACAAACAUGCAAGGGAGCUGGAGGAGGAGAUGGAGAACCCAGAGAUGGCAGAACUCCCCGAGAAACAGAAACACCAGCUCAGACACAGAGAGCUGUUCUUGUCUCGCCAGCUGGAGUCCUUACCAGCAACGCACAUCAGAGGAAAGUGCUGCGUGACCCUGCUGAACGAGACAGAGGCCCUCAAGUCCUACCUGGACAGAGAGGAUGCCUUCUUCUACUCUCUGGUGUACGACCCUCAACAGAAGACCCUGCUGGCUGAUAAGGGCGAGAUUCGGGUCGGGAACAAGUACCAGGCCGACAUCACAGACCUCCUGAAAGAAGAUGAGGAAGAUGAGAGGGACCUGGAGAAGCUGGAGGAGAAGAUCUGGGACCCCAACAGUUUGCUGACGGAGAAGCAGAUCGACCAGUUUCUAGUCGUAGCUCGGUCGGUGGGGACGUUCGCCAGAGCUCUGGACUGCAGCAGUUCUGUCCGGCAGCCGAGUCUACACAUGAGCGCCGCCGCCGCCUCCAGAGACAUCACGCUGUUUCAUGCUAUGGACACGCUACACGCCGCGGGCUACGACAUGACCCGGGCCAUCGCCGCGCUGGUGCCUCAGGGCGGACCCGUCCUCUGCAGGGACGAGAUGGAGGAGUGGAGCGCCUCCGAGGCCAACCUGUUCGAGGAGGCGCUGGAGAAAUACGGAAAAGACUUCACUGACAUCCAGCAAGACUUUCUGCCCUGGAAGUCACUGACGAGUAUAAUUGAGUAUUACUACAUGUGGAAGACCACAGAUAGAUAUGUACAGCAGAAACGAUUAAAAGCAGCUGAAGCGGAGAGCAAGCUGAAGCAGGUCUACAUCCCCAACUACAACAAACCAAACCCAAACCAGCUGAGCAACAGCGUGAAGCCAGCGCUUUUAAACGGAGCGGUGGGCGCUGGGGUCCCAGGGGUCCCGGGGCCCCAGGGAGUCCCAGGGGUCCCGGGAGUCCCAGGGGUCCCAGGAGUCCCAGGGGUGCCGGGGGCCCCAGCGGCACCGGGAUCGGGGCAGACGCCCGGGCUGGGCAGAGCCUGUGAAAGCUGCUACACCAGCAGCUCCUACCAGUGGUAUUCAUGGGGCCCCCCCAACAUGCAGUGUCGUCUGUGCGCAUCGUGCUGGACCUACUGGAAGAAGUACGGCGGCCUGAAGAUGCCCACGCGACUGGACGGCGAGAGGCCCGGACCCAACCGCAACAGCACGAGCCCCCACGGCCUGCCCCUGCGGCACAGCGGCAGCCCCAAGUUCGCCGUAAAGACCCGACAGGCGUUUUACCUGCAGACCACCGGGCUGACGCGGGUGGCGCGCCGCCUCUGCGAGGACAUCAUCCGGCCCCGGUACCUGGCCCGGCACCCCUACCUCCCCGUCAACACGGCAGCCAUCAAGGCCGAAUGUGCCCUGCGGUUACCAGAUCAGCCAAAACAGCCUCCGCCGACGAAGCCUGUGGAGCGCAAGCCUCUGGAGUCUGUGGUCCGUUACUUAGAGGCACAUCCCCGCCCUCCCAAACCCGACCCCCCGACUCGUGGAUGCUCCAUCUCUACAGGCAGCUUCACCCCCAUAAAGUCCUCCCCCAUCCUCAACAACGGCUCCCCCACCAUCCUGGGCAAGCGCAGCUACGAACAGCACAACGGACUGGACGGUGAGCGACGCUCCGGCUGGAGAACCACCGGGAACUUACGGGGUACCAAAUCCAAAGCCCUGACUCCACAGUGGGACAUCAUGGCCAAACGCAUCAGCGAUGCGGGCCGAGCCUCGGCCUCUCUGCAGGAUGAAGUACACGAACUGGACUGAAAACUGCAGGAACCGUCUCUACGGCAACAGGGAGUGAGUGGGGGGAGACAUGACAGGGAAAAGGCUUUUUCCACUGAUCAUGACGGAGGGCAGCUGAGAGGAGGCGACGGCGUUGGCCACUUGUCUUCAGGCAGCACGGGUCUGUCGCGCUGCUGGAGACCAGCCCAUAAUCCAUCGCUUCGGCUCGGAGUCUUUCCGGAGAUGAGCCUGACUGUACAGAACUGUGUUUAUUACUUACAUUUCUCAUUAUUACCGUCUUUGUAAUUAUUGAUAUUGUAAUUUCUUCUUUUUUUUUUAUCAAUUAUAAUUCAGUUUGUUUGUCGAUCAAACGAUGGAACUUAUGAAGUUUCAUGAAAAAAGCUUGCAAAACCCUGCGGAAAAGGGUGGAAGAAGAGUAACAGAAGCCACUUGCAUCUUCUAUGUUUUCCUUUUUUCCUUUAUUUUUUUGAAUAAGUUCAGGUCAGAACGGAGACGCACUUUGGUUUCAGCUCAACGAGUUCAUCUUGUCUUUUGUUUCAUUGGAUCCGGGUGCUUUUGCCCAAGUUUCUUUCCAUUGCUGAUCUUCGGCCUGAGAGGUUUAACUUAUUGAGAAAGACUCUGUUUUAUGUUGGGUUUUUUUUUCUACCUUUUUCAUAAUUAAUGCAUCUACGCUUCAAUUCUGUAAUUAAAAAAAAAACAAACAAAAAACACAAACUUUUUUUUCCCCCCCCUUUUUUUUUCUUUUUUCUUUUCUCUUGGUGUCUCCACACGCAGGUGAAAGGUGACAAAACUUGCACUGAAUGUUCUCUCUGAGCUGGCGUCGGCCUGUUUUUCUUACUCCGCGCAGGUAUGCAGACAGGGUAUAUGCAAAUUACCGGAAACUUUUCAUUCCUAAUGGCUUUAUAUGUUAUCAGUAUUAAAACGGAUUCAAUGCACAAACAACCAUGUUUUGUAAGCAAACAUCUGAAAAGAACUAAAAAAAGAAAAAAAAAGGCAGGAAUGCAACCUGCUCUCAUGUCUA